CGACGCACCUUCCGGUUAAACCCAACGUACCCCGGAAGUGCAUCACUUGAAUCAGACCGCUGUUAUUUUUCUGCACUAGCUUGUAGCGGCCGGGCUGAACCUUCUAGAAGCGUGUGUAGCCGAGCUCUCACUUCUUUGCUUUGUUUUCAGUUUCUUGAAGAAUCAUUUUGCAGUUAAGUCGAGUUUAAAAAAUGUCCCGGAGACGACACAGCGACGAAAACGACGGUGGUCAGGCCCACAAAAGGAGGAGAACAUCAGAGCCCAUUGAAAUUGAGGACCGCUUGGAGUCCCUGAUAUGUCGUGUUGGGGAGAAGAGUACGUCGUCCCUGGAGAGCAACUUGGAGGGCCUCGCAGGCGUGUUGGAGGCCGACCUUCCGAAUUACAAAAACAAAAUACUGCGCAUUUUAUGUGCUGUCGCCCGCCUCCUUCCUGAGAAGCUGACCGUGUACACGACUCUCGUCGGCCUGCUGAAUGCCAGGAACUACAACUUUGGGGGCGAGUUUGUGGAGGCCAUGAUCCGACAACUCAAGGAGACGCUGAAGAACAACUUGUACAGUGAAGCCGUUUACUUGGUGCGAUUUCUGUCAGAUCUGGUCAACUGCCAUGUGAUCGCUGCUCCCUCAAUGGUGGCCAUGUUUGAAAACUUUGUCAGUGUUACACAGGAGGAAGACGUACCUCAGGUUCGAUCAGACUGGUUUGUGUAUGUGGUUCUGUCCUGUCUUCCCUGGGUUGGUAAGGAACUUUACGAGAAGAAGGAUGUGGAGAUGGACCGACUUCUUAGCCAGAUCGAAGGCUACCUCAAAGGCCGAGUAAAGACACACGUCCCCAUGCUGCAGGUGUGGACAGCAGAGAAGCCUCACCCACAGGAGGAGUACCUGGACUGCCUCUGGUCUCAGAUUCAGAAGCUGAAGAAGGACCGCUGGCAGGAGCGACACAUCCUUCGUCCAUACAUCGCUUUUGACAGCGUGCUUUGUGAGGCUUUGCAACACAACCUGCCCCCCUUCACCCCACCGGGCCACAUGCCUGAUGCCCAGUACCCCAUGCCCAGGGUCGUCUUCCGCAUGUUCGACUACACUGAUGCCCCGGAGGGUCCCGUUAUGCCCGGCAGCCAUUCUGUGGAGAGAUACGUCAUCGAGGAAAAUCUGCACACUAUCAUUAAGACUCACUGGAAGGAGAGGAAAACAUGUGCUGCACAGUUACUGAGUUAUCCCGGGAAGAACAAGAUUCCACUGAACUACCACAUCGUGGAGGUGAUCUUUGGAGAACUGUUCCAGCUGCCCGUUCCACCUCACACUGAUGUCAUGUACACCACACUGCUCAUUGAACUCUGCAAACUGCAGCCUGGAUCAUUGCCACAAGUUUUGGCUCAAGCUACAGAGAUGCUGUACAUGAGACUGGACACCAUGAACACCAGCUGCAUAGACAGACUAAUCAACUGGUUUGCUCACCAUCUGAGCAACUUCCAGUUUCGAUGGAGCUGGGACGACUGGUCUGACUGCCUGGCUGUUGAUCUCGACAAACCUAAACCCAAGUUUGUCAAAGAGGUCCUGGAGAAGAGCAUGAGACUCUCAUACCACCAGCGGAUAGUGGACAUUGUUCCUCCGACCUUCUCAGCGCUCAUCCCAGCUGAACCUUUAUUCAGCUUCAAAUAUACAGAAGAGAAUUCUGCUUCGUUACCAGGCUACCCGGUGUCCGUCACCGUCUCAAACGCCAUCAAGAACCGAGCAACCAACGAAGAGAUCCUGGCCAUCCUCAAAGACGUGCCCAACCCCAACCAAGAAGACGAUGAUGACGAGGGUGAGACCUUUAACCCCCUGAAGACCGAAGUGUUCCUGCAGACUCUGCUCAAUCUGGCAGCCAAAUCCUUCAGCCACUCCUUCAGCGCCCUCGGCAAGUUUCAUGAAAUCCUGAAGGCCCUUGCAGACAGCGAUGAGGGCAAACUCCACAUCCUGAAGGUGGUUUAUGAAGUGUGGAGGAACCACCCACAGAUGACCGCCGUGCUGGUGGACAAAAUGGUCCGGACCCAGGUGGUGGACUGUGCAGCUGUGGCGAACUGGCUCUUUUCUCAGGACAUGGCUCAUGAGUUCACCAGACUCUUCGUCUGGGAGAUUCUUCACUCCACCAUCCGAAAAAUGAACAAACACGUCCAGAAGAUCCAGAAGGAGCUGGAGGAGGCCAAAGACAAGCUGGAGAAGCAGCAGCAUAAAAGACAGAGAGACAGCGGCGAUGAGGAGGACAUGGACAAGAACAGCGAGGAUGAGGAGGGUCAGCUGGAGGAGCAGAUCGAGAGGCUACAGGAGAAGGUGGAGUCGGCUCAGAGCGAGCAGAAGAACCUCUUCCUCGUUAUCUUUCAGCGUUUCAUCAUGCUGCUGACGGAGCAUCUGGUCCGCUGUGAGACGGGCAGCGUCGACAUCAGUACGCCCUGGUACAAAAACUGCAUCGAGAGGCUGCAGCAGGUCUUCCUCAUGCACCAUGUGACCAUCCAGCAGUACAUGGGAACCCUGGAGAACCUGCUGUUCACCGCAGAGCUGGACCACCACAUCCUGGCCGUGUACCAGCAGUUCUGUGCCCUGCAGCUCUGAGAAACACACACACUCACACAUGCACUCACACUCACACAAACACACACACACACACACACACAAAUGAUUGGAUAAAGUGAAAUGUGUACUCAUGCUCUCACAGUACCUGUGCUAAACAUACACAUUAGAAACUACCAGCUCUUGCAUCAAGAAUCUCAUUUAUGUUUUUUUAAAUUGUGUUUCGGUGCCAUUCAAAAUGUUUCUGUGCAACAGCAGCUGAGGACGGUUUUCAAAGUAGGAAUUUAAACGUUAAGUCUGUUUGAAACAUUGGCUGUAGUGAUCUGUUUUUUCGUUUCGUUUAAUUUUCAACCUGCUCGUGUUCUUAUGAAUGGGUCUUUUUAAAACUGUGCUGACACGAACAGAGGAGGAAGCUUCAGGUUGAUGCCGAUUAAUUCCGAAUCUAGAGGGCGCUCUACUUUUUUAUAUUUGUUUUAUGUGGAAUUGGGAAAGAAUUAAAACUCUCCGGAGUCUUUAUCUGCCUGA